AUAUGUAUUUGAAGAUGGGAUUGAUUUCAUUAAGGCAUCAGUUUUAGAUGGAACUCAGCAUGAAGAUGAGAUGGCCGAGGAACCAAACGAUUCAGCAGCAAAAACCAUGUUAGAAAAGUUGCAGGAAGAAAGAAAAUCUCUGCCAAUAUAUCCUUAUCGAGAGGAACUUCUCAAGGCUAUUAAUGACCACCAGAUACUUGUUAUUGUCGGAGAAACUGGCUCCGGAAAGACUACUCAGAUGCCACAAUAUCUUCAUGAAGCUGGUUAUACAAAGGAUGGGAAAAUGGUUGGAUGCACCCAACCACGUCGUGUGGCCGCAAUGAGUGUUGCCGCACGUGUGUCCCAGGAAAUGGGUGUCAAACUUGGUCAUGAGGUUGGCUAUUCUAUCAGGUUUGAAGAUUGUACAUCUGAGAAGACUAUUCUAAAAUAUAUGACAGAUGGGAUGUUGUUGCGGGAAUUUCUCAGUGAACCUGAUUUAGCAAGUUAUAGCGUUAUCAUGGUCGAUGAGGCACAUGAAAGGACGAUUUCAACUGAUAUUUUGUUUGGCUUGGUUAAGGAUAUUGCACGCUUCCGGAAGGACCUUAAGUUGCUAAUCUCUAGUGCGACACUUGAUGCUGAGAAGUUCAGUGAUUUUUUUGAUUCAGCUCCCAUUUUCAAAAUUCCAGGGAGGAGAUAUCCUGUUGAUAUACAUUACACAACUGCUCCUGAAGCCGAUUACAUUGAUGCUGCCAUUGUCACUGUUCUUCAAAUACAUGUGACACAACCUCCUGGUGAUAUUCUUGUAUUUCUUACUGGACAGGAAGAAAUUGAAACUAUUGAUGAGAUUCUGAAGCAUAGAACUAGGGGUUUAGGAACUAAAAUUGCAGAACUUAUAGUAUGCCCAAUCUAUGCCAAUCUUCCAACAGAGCUUCAGGCAAAAAUCUUUGAACCUACACCGGAAGGGGCUCGCAAGGUCGUAUUGGCAACUAACAUUGCUGAAACAUCCUUAACCAUUGAUGGUAUUAAAUAUGUUGUUGAUCCUGGAUUCUGCAAGAUAAAAUCUUAUAAUCCACGUACUGGUAUGGAAUCAUUGCUUGUAAAUCCAAUCUCAAAAGCCUCUGCGAUGCAAAGGGCUGGACGAUCUGGGCGCACAGGGCCUGGAAAAUGUUUUCGUCUGUACACUGCAUAUAAUUAUGAAAAUGAUCUUGACGAAAAUACAGUACCUGAGAUACAGAGGUGCAAUCUUGCAAAUGUUGUGCUUUCUCUUAAGAGCUUGGGCAUUCGUAGUUUGGUAAAUUUUGAUUUUAUGGAUCCUCCUCCUUCAGAGGCAGUGAUUAAGGCUCUUGAACAACUUUAUGCACUUAAUGCACUGAAUAGCCAUGGAGAGUUAACCAAAAUUGGGAGGAUGAUGGCAGAGUUUCCACUUGAUCCAAUGCUUUCCAAGAUGAUUGUUGCUUCAGAUAAAUAUAAGUGCUCUGAAGAGAUUGUAUCCAUUGCUGCAAUGCUGUCGGUUGGGAAUUCAAUCUUCUAUCGUCCCAAGGACAAGCAAGUCCAUGCAGACAAUGCUAGGCUGAAUUUUCAUACUGGGAAUGUUGGUGACCAUAUUGCUUUGCUAAAUGUGUACGCUUCCUGGAAAGAAACAAACUUCUCAACGCAAUGGUGUUAUGAAAACUACAUCCAGGUCCGCAGUAUGAAACGAGCCAGAGAUAUCAGAGACCAGCUAGAAGGUCUCUUGGAAAAAGUUGGGAUUGAGAUUGUUUCAAAUCCUUCCAAUUUAGAUGCAAUCAAGAAGGCUAUAACAUCAGGAUUUUUUUAUCAUGCUGCAAGGCUCCAAAAGACUGGUGCGUACCAAACUGUUAAAAAUCCACAAACAGUUCACAUACAUCCAAGCUCCGGCCUGGCACAGGAAUUACCUCCUCGCUGGGUUAUUUACCAUGAACUUGUGCUUACCACCAAAGAGUACAUGCGACAGGUUACUGAGUUGAAGCCAGACUGGCUAGUUGAAAUUGCUCCCCACUAUUACCAGUUGAAAGAUGUUGAAGAUUCUUCAUCAAAGAAGAUGCCACGUGGGCCCGGGAGAGCAGCAAUGAGCUAAGAUUUUGGUUUUGGAGUUCUUUCGGUACUCCAUUAUACCAGUUGUACAUACCGGUUUUGCAAACUAAUCUAGAACAGAAAAAGGAAAAAAAGAAGAUUUUCUUUCCCCCUGGGUUUAUUAUUAUAAGGGUAACUAAUUUCCUCCUAAAAAAUCAAUUUUGCCCUCCUAAAAAAUCAAUUUUGCCCCUCUAAAAAGCCUUUUUUCCCCUACCUACCAUUGAUGAUGUCCUCUUUACAUUUGAGCCAUUUGAUUCUUAAAGCUUGAUUCAUCUCUACCAUAGAUUGCAUUUUGAACUUUAUCCUCUCACAUUGUAUAUAUAUUAUCUAUUUUUUAAUUGUUAUGAAAAUGGGUAGUAACAAAGGCUCGUUUUUCUAUGCAAUAACUUUUGUAUAGAAAUACUUUUUGAAAGUGACAUAAUUAGUGCAAAAAAAUAUGUAGGAU